AGCGGAGCGCCUUCAUUAGCAUACGGCUGCUUAUAAAAGGGAAGCGGGAGGACGAAGUUCGUCAGUUUGCUGCCUCCUGUCGUAAGGGAAAGAGCGAAGAUGCCUGAGCCAGCGAAGUCAGCGCCGGUGCCCAAGAAGGGGUCGAAGAAGGCCAUCACCAAGACGCAGAAGAAGGGCGACAAGAAGCGCAGGAAGAGCCGCAAGGAGAGCUACUCCAUCUACGUUUACAAGGUGCUGAAGCAGGUCCACCCCGACACCGGCAUCUCCUCCAAGGCCAUGAGCAUCAUGAACUCCUUCGUCAACGACAUCUUCGAGCGCAUCGCGGCCGAGGCUUCCCGCCUGGCUCACUACAACAAGCGCUCUACCAUCACCUCUCGGGAGAUCCAGACGGCCGUCCGCCUCCUGCUGCCCGGCGAGCUGGCCAAGCACGCCGUCUCCGAAGGGACCAAAGCCGUCACCAAGUACACCAGCUCCAAGUAGACGCACCGGACCGCAGGGAAAACUUAACCCGCCAACUCCCCCAAAGGCUCUUUUAAGAGCCGCUCACUUCCUUCUGAAAAGGCUGAGGUCGUUUUUCGGGGCUGUUUAUUGCUU